CUUAUGUAGAUAUAUUGCGACAGCAGCAUCAGUGCAGUGCAGGGUGUGCGUUUGUUUUCCUGUCUGAGACGGCACAAAACACAACUGACAUCUUUUCACACACAGAAGCUCUUCCUAUUGUCCCUGCUGGUUGGGCUCAUUAAACGUAUUCAAAGAUGGCUGUUGAGUACCGUGCCUCUACAGUCACAGACAUGGAUGUCGAAGACAGCAAAGUUGACUACAAGCAGCUUCUCGGGGAUAGCAGCCAGUUACGCUUGUGGGUUUAUACAUUGAGAUUCAGCCCGUACAAGAUUGCUACAGUUUGCCUCGGGCUCCUGAGUCUUCUCCUGUUGGCUGGUGUCAUCGGUCAGAGCGUCCAUCAUCAAAAGGUAGACGAAGACAAUCAAAGCAAUAUAAAAGCUGUGACUAAGGAGAAAGAGAACCUACAGGAAGAUAUGAAGGUGGUCCGGAGAGAGAAACAGAAUCUUGAAACCAAAAGUAGCCAGUUAGAGCAAAAUGUUGAUUACUUAUCAAAGAAAAAAGCCCAAAUUGAGACAAAUAACAAUUUGCUGACUGCUGAAACAAACAAACUUAAGCUCAGCCAAAGUGAAUUACAGACCUCUAACAAUGCUUUAAGCAAAGAAAUCGAGCAGCUCAGAGCCACCAGGAACACACAGGACACCAACAACUACGCCUUGUCUGCAACUAUAGACCAGUUGCAAAAAAAGAUGGAUACAUUGGUUAAAAAGAAAAAUGAGUUACAGGUCAGUUAUGACUCAGCAAUCAAGGAGAGGGACAAUCUACAGAACAAGUUCAAUAAUGUGUCCAGGUCAAAGGACGAACUGCUUAAGAGUUACAACAACUUGAUGACAGAUGUAGAAGAAUUACAGGGAAGAUACAACUACACUAACAGCGAAAAGGACAAGAUCGAAGACAGUCACCAAAACCUGACGAGGGAAAGAGACAAUCUGCAGCUAGCUCUGAACAUACUUAAACGCGCAUUAGACAGGAUGCACAUUGCUUUCGUGACAAUGUCCCGGGAGAAAGACCAGCUUCAAAGCAGUUGCAAAAACGUGACCGAGGAGCGAGAUGUGCUGAAACUGAAAAUCACCAACAUGACAGUCGAGAGAGAUUAUCUGCGGACUGAAGUUGACAAACUAAACGUAACGAUUAAUGAGAGGAAGUGUCAAUCAGGCUGGAGGAAGUUUCAGCACAGCUGCUACUACGCUUCUCUUGGCAAGAAAACCUGGAAGAAAGCCAGAGAACACUGUCAAAGUGAAGGAGGAGACCUGGUGAUCAUAACAAGCCAAACAGAAAUGACCUUCGUCAACAGCUUGUAUUCAAAUGACAAAGAAGCCUGGAUUGGACUGUCUGAUUUAGGAGCAGAAGGGACCUGGAAAUGGGUGGAUGGCUCACCAUUGACCCUAACGUUCUGGGGUCAAGGUCAGCCUAACAGCUAUAGUGGACGGGAGCAGGACUGUGUGGAAGUCUGGCACCGUUCGUCAAAGCAAGCGGAAUGGAACGACGAGAACUGUAGUUUAGAGCAAAACUGGAUCUGUGAGAUUUAGUUUUCCUGUGGUAGUAGUGCACAGCUAUAACAUUAUCACUGUAAUAGGCUUACAGGAUUGUAAAUAUGAUCAUUUUACACAAUUAAUGCUGCAGCUGAAACAGACAUUUAGUAUAAAUACAUACUAUAAUUGUGAUAUUGUAUGACUAUUUGAUUAUUUUAAUCAGAGAUCACAGCUACAACAAUUACAAUAUGGUGUUUUAUUUGGUGCUAACUGGUAUUCACAUACGCUUUAGAAAUAAUUAUGCAUGAUUGUAAUAUACUGCAAAAAGUAAUUUGUCUCUAAUGAAUAACUAUUUUCUAAAUGUGUUUUAAGACAUAACCAAUAAAGAAGUUAAUUGCAA